AUGCCCGACCAGGAGAAAGUCAAGUUCCUUAUGACUAAACUUUCUGCGUCCGCCUUCAACGAGUACAAUAAGUACUGUAUGCUGAAGUGUAUUACGGACUUCGACUACGAGGAAACCACUUCGCGACUUCGCCAACCUUUUAGCAAGAAACGUUCGAUCUUCGCGGACCGCUAUGACUGUCUACGCAUUGCAAUUGACGAUGGUGAAGACUUCAGCCAUUUCACGAACCGAGUGAGAUCGGCCAGACAACGAUAUAACUUUCGUGCUCAGACAGAAGAACAGUUCUUUUGUCUCGUCGUUCUCACUGGACUUAAGUCGAAAGCCCAUGAGUCAUUACGCGCUGGAAUUCUCCAGAAACUUAACUCGGAUGGAGAAAACGUUACAUUCGACGACGUGAUGAACGACUGUGAAGAUUUUAUAGCGAUGCGUUCCGAAAAUAAGUUAUACGAAGAAACAGAACGUCUGGUUAAUAACGUCCGCGCCAAGACCCCGCCUAAAGAAGAAAAGACCAAGAAGACAAAUCGUUUACCGAGUACUUGCAAGCGAUGUGAUGAGUGGCAUUGGUACAAAGACUGUCCACACAUAAGGCACAAAUGCCAAAAGUGCAAUUGCGUAGGACAUUUAGAAAAAUUAUGUCGACGACCACGGAAGAAAAGGCAAGUGUGCUCAGCCAGCGUAGGAAUUAUCAGAAAUUUUGUAAACGCCUACCGACUGCUAAAAAGAUUGAAGUUAAUGGAUACCCAGUCGACUUCUAUCUCGAUAAUGGAUCUGAAAUUAAUUAAUUAA